CACACACACACACACACACACACACACACACACACACACACACACACACACACACACACCCACACACACACACACACACACGCACACUCACGCACACACAUUUCCGUUGACUCCUUACUUCGUGCUUGUCUAACUCUCGGUGUUGUGCAGACCCUGACAUUGACAAUGUCACCGACAGGCGGAGACGCUGUCCCCGCUCGAUCAUCGCCCAUUGAGGGAUCUCCGCAGGGGACCCCCGAUGCUCGCCAAAGCGUCGAUCGAUCUCCAUGUGCAGCGUGGGGGUUGUUGGGUGUUUCACCGCACAGCGGUGGCCCGGAGGUCCGGUUGGGGAAACGGCGCCACGGUACCGUUUCGCAUGCGACUGACAGCGUCGUUGGCCUGGGCGUGACACCCAUUUUGCCUUUCGCCGGUGUGUUGGGGGCAUCUCCGCCGGGUGUGGCCGGGUUUCAUGACGCGGUCACGUUUGGAGGUGUGUAUGGUGCUCUGUUGCUGCCAUCCCCACUACUGCCUAGACGGCUGGACUAUGCGGCCACGAUUCCUUUAGCACCUGUAUGGUCACAUGCGGUGGCCCAGCCAUGUCCCGCUGGAGGCGGUUCUCUUCUAGGAGAUCGCAGCGACGCUUUGCGUUUUCCACCCGUUUCACGCCGACGAGUCGUCGACGCGGCGGCGGGUUCGUUUGCGGUACCGCCUCAGGCUCCCUUUGUCGCUCAAGAAUCCACACCUCCGUUUGACGAUGUGGAAAGCUCAGCGGCAGUCGGCGACACGCCGUGUUCGGGCGACAACAGCAUCGUGCGAGUGUGUGUGCGGGACGCGUGUCGGAGACGGUUGUAUGCUCUCCGCGACGCUAUGGACGGUCUGGGUGACCAACGGGGACCGGUCAGCGACGUUAUUGAUCGGCUUCUGCACUGGUCCUUGCCAACAAUCCAAGCGGGGUUUGGAGACGAGGUAGGAGAUGUGAUUUCUUCUUCGUUGCCAUCUCGGGUGUGUGGUCGAGAUUUCACGUUGCGUUAUAUGCCAGGCGAUUCCGGUGUUGACUACGGUCAGGGGGGUUUGCAGGCUUCUGUGAGCGGAGGGUUGGGGAUGUGCUCGGUGCACAAACCCACAUUCUACAAGUUUAUGCGCACAGAACCGGGGGGGGCGGAGGGGUGGAAUGCCAAGGUCGUACGGCAGGGCAUAAAAUAUUGCGAGCUUGCCAUUGACACUGUGAUGCGCCAGGGUGAGCCAGUGACAUUGAUGGUUGAUGGUCGAUAUGACUCUGCCAGAGGCGAGCAGCAUUGCACUGUCACCGCGAUGGAGUACGAGACUCGGCUUGUUGUAGGUGUUCACACUCUCCGUCCGAAGAUUGAAGGCAAGGCAUCAAAUGCGCUUGAGGUGCCAGCCGUCGUGCAACUUUUGCGAGGGUUGAUGAACAAGGGGUUGAAGAUCCGGUGCUUUGCUCAGUUCAUGCAGUUCACGAAGAAGCGGCUAAAGGAGGCGUUGGAGCAGCGUUUUGGACCUGACAUCCUCACACCUGCUGAGGAGCGGCUGAAGAAAUCGGACUUCGUCGCUGUCGUCAUGCGAAAAAUGUACCCGUACGGAUCGAGGUUGAAUCCUCGAGCGUUGGAGACUGAUCCAGACGGCUUGACACAGUACCAUGCGCAUGAGGUUGGGAUGUGGUUCCUCCGCGCUUGCCAGCUGUACAGGGACGAGGGCGGAGACGUCGACAGUCUAUACCACGACAUCAUGUUGUCGCCGAUCAUUGGGCUGGUGAUCAUUCGGGAUGUGUGAACGGUAGGGAGGUUCUGUGUGAGAAGGCCGGUGGGCGUGCACGAUUGCCUUUGUAUAGCCGGACGGACACGGUGUACGAGCUCAAUCUGUGUGUUCUCGAUAAACAAUGCAGCACUAA